AUGCGUCACCCGAAGGCACCUGCACUCACCCCAGUCGAGCCUCAGUACACAGUGGAUGGAGACACGGAAACAACACGGACUAUAUUUGAUUUUUACCCUGAAGACACGGGUGAGGAAGUUCCUGCCGACACACAGAUGGAGGAGGAACCCCGUGCUGCUUCUGACAGUGGGAUAGAAAGACCCUCUAGCGACUCUGGUAGGAAAAAAGACAAGAAGAAGAAGAAGAAGAAGAAGACUGAAACCUCAACUUUACCAGAAGACUCGAUUGCAGAAUAUCCCGACGAAGACAUGGAGCUGCAGGAUUACCAGAACUACUUGUACGGCCUAGAGAACACUGAGGAGUCUUCCAGCGAGGCCACGGCACUGGAGGACCUGUUUCCAGAGGGUCUUCCUGAAGGUUACCCAACGGACAGGCUAAGAAGUGAUGGGAACUUCUCACAAAACACCAGGUUCAUUGAGACGGAGGACAUUGAUUUCUCUGAGUUGGACCAGUCAUGCGUCAUCUCAGAGGACGACAGUAUCUACCUCCCGCCGCCCAGGGUCCGCCACGCCCACGUCAGCGCCUAUUACACUGUUACCAACCCCGCGCCGCCCCACAACAAGUACGCAGAGGCAGUGUAUGAGUGUGAGUUUGGGUAUCGCCUGAACGAAGACUUCACCAAUAGACUCUUCUGCAGGAGGGACAAGUGGCUCGGGAUGCUGCCCUCCUGUGUGGCGUAUGCCAAGCAAGAAACGACGGGGGAGUGUGGGGAGAACAACGGAGGCUGCCAACAGAUCUGCGAGGCUACUGACGAAGGGCGACAGUGCCUCUGCUAUAAGGGCUUCAAGCUUGAUGAGGACGGGAUCAACUGCGUGGACGUGGACGAGUGCGCGGUGAACAACGGAGGAUGUCAGGGGUCUUGCUUCAACAGGCUGGGGUAUCACCAGUGCGGCUGUCCUUGGGGUUACCGUCUGGCCACCAACGGCAAGACCUGCAUCGAUAAGAAUGAGUGUCUGCUGAGGAACGGCCACGGCCCCUGCCAAGACACCUGUCACAACACGGAGGGCGGCUACUACUGCACCUGUCAUAAUCUUCCCGGGACACACCUGGGCAAGGACAACCACACCUGCGAGGACGAGGACGAGUGUGCGAUCAAUAACGGAGGCUGCUCACACAUCUGUCUCAAUACCUUCGGCCAGAUCUUUUGCACGUGUCCCGAGGGUUUCAUGAUGGCGAUGGACUGGAAGACGUGCGAAGACAUCAACGAGUGUGAGUACGAUGAGAUAGCGAGGGAGUGUAGCCACGGGUGCAUCAACACGGUGGGCAGCUACCGGUGUGCACAGGAGGAUGAGCUGGUUCAUGCCCUUCAGUGCCCCGCCGGUCUGGAGCCCACAGAGGAUGGCGAAAGCUGUAGAGACAUGGAUGAAUGUGAGGACAGUAACUUCGGCUGCUCAGACAUCUGCGUCAACUCUCACGGCUCUGCUCACUGCGCGUGUCCCUCUGGCUUUUUCCUCGAGCAAGACGACAAGACUUGCCAAGACAUUGACGAGUGUGAGGAUGGUACGGCGGAGUGCUCCCACGGUUGCAGCAAUUCUAAAGGCUCUUACACCUGCACCUGCCCCGCCGGCCACACCCUGAACUCUGACCUCACUACCUGCUCAGACAUUGACGAAUGCUCUCAAGACGCCGGCUGCUCCCACGGCUGCGAGAACACGGAUGGCUCCUUCACGUGCACCUGUCCCGAUGGCCUCACGCUGCACACUGAUCUCAUUACCUGUGUAGACAUGGACGAGUGUGUGGAGGAGCACGGGUGUUCGCACGGCUGCCGCAACACAGAGGGCUCCUUCGUCUGUACGUGUCCGCGGGGCCUCUCUCUGGCGCCUGAUGGCUUCACCUGUCGCGAUGUAGACGAGUGUUCCGGGGAGCACAAGUGUUCCCACGGCUGUAAGAACACUGAGGGCUCCCACGCCUGCACCUGUCCCGAGGGCCUGGUCCUGGCGGCUGACCUGGCCACCUGCACUGACGUGGACGAGUGCGCCUUGGAUAACGGCGGGUGCGAGCAAGUGUGCGAGAACACGGAGGGCUCCUACCUGUGCAGCUGUCACGCGGGGUACGUCCUGGCCUCCAACCACACCUGUGUUGAUGAGGAUGAGUGUGCCGAGGACAAUGGCGGCUGUCAGCAGGACUGCACGAACACACCGGGAUCCUACGAGUGCUCCUGCGGCGAGGGUUUCCUACAGGAGGGGAAGCAUGACUGUAGUGACGUGGACGAGUGUGACGAGGACAAUUUUGGAUGUUCCGAUGUAUGUGUGAACACCUUUGGCGGCGCCUACUGCUCCUGCCCUGUCGGUUACUCUCUCAUGCACGACAACAGGACGUGUGAAGACGAUGACGAGUGUGAGGCAGACGGCGGCUGCUCCCACGGCUGUAUCAACACUGAAGGCUCCUUCACUUGCGAGUGUCCAGAGGGCCUCGCUCUCUCUCCGGACAGCGUCACUUGCAUCGAUGUGAACGAGUGUGCUGCAGACAACGGAGGGUGUGACCAGAUCUGCGAAAACACGGAAGGCUCUUUCUACUGUGACUGCGAGGAAGGUUUUGUUCUCUCUGACAACGGCGCCUCGUGUGUGGAUGUGGACGAGUGUGCCGAGGACAACGGUGGUUGCCAGCAGGAAUGUCUCAACGAGCCGGGGUCCUUUUCCUGUUCCUGCUUCCCCGGCUAUGACCUGGAGGACGACUUCCACUGCAGCGACGUGGACGAGUGUGCUCUGCAGCUGUCCACCUGCCAGCAAGACUGUUUCAACCUGCCCGGCAGCUAUGACUGUCUCUGCCACGAUGGCUUCGAGCUCUCCCUUGACAACCACACGUGUGCCGAUAUCGACGAGUGCGGCGUGGACAACGGCUGCUCGCAUUUCUGCACUAACUUUAAUGGCUCCUACACGUGCCACUGCCCGCCGGGACUCAAGCUCUCCGUGGACGAGCACACAUGCAUGGACGUGGACGAGUGCGAGCUGGACAAUGGAGGCUGCUCACACGUCUGUUCCAACUCCAACGGAGGUUACAAGUGUCUGUGUCCAGAGGGAUUUCAUCUCCUGGAGGAUGGAAGCACGCAUGAGAAGCUUCACGAGUGUGUCGAUGUGGACGAGUGUCUGGACAACAACGGGAACUGCAGCCAUGAGUGUCACAACCUGGAGGUCGGCUACGAGUGUAGGUGUCCCUCAGGCUACACCUUCCUGGAGGAGCAGGACGGGUCACUCAGCCGCCACGAGUGUGUUGACGUGGACGAGUGUCGUGAACACAACGGCGGGUGCAGCCACUUCUGCGUUAACACUGAGGGCGGGAUGGAGUGCCAGUGCCCGCGUGGGAUGACAAUGCCUGAAGGUGAACAAGAAUUUGAGUGCCAGGACAUUGACGAGUGCCUGAAAGACAAUGGUGGGUGCAGUCACCUGUGCACCAACCUGCCGGGGACCUACGAGUGUGGCUGUCCUGACGGCUGGCGCCUCGACAUCCACUACGACGACCAGGAUUACUCCGAGGACAUCACCAACUUCGAGGUCUCCAAUGACGUCAUCUGGAGGCAGUGUGUGGACGUGGAUGAGUGCGGCGAUGACCGCGGCGGCUGCAGCCACAUUUGUCACAACGACGACGGCGGGUACCGGUGCUCGUGUCCCGGGUACUGGCUGGGGCGGGACAACAAGACCUGCUGGGAUAUCAAUGAGUGUAACGUUGACAAGGGCGGCUGUUCCCACGAGUGCACCAACACCGAGGGCUCUUUCGUGUGCACAUGUCCCGAGGGCUUCAUGCUGCGGGACGACAAGAGGUGUCAGGACGUGGAUGAGUGUGAGAAUGACAACGGAGGCUGCUCGGACCUGUGCGUCAACCAGCUGGGCCGCUACCACUGCGCCUGCCCUCCGGGUUUUCUGCUGGAGGACGAUGACUUGACCUGCUCAGACAUCAAUGAGUGCGGCAGAGACAAUGGUGGGUGCUCCCACACGUGCCACAAUCUGCACGGCCGCUACACCUGCAGCUGUCCCGCAGGUCUGGUGCUGAAUGAAGAUUCCCACACCUGUGACGACAAAGACGAGUGUGAAACAAACAACGGCGGCUGCUCUCACGAGUGCAUUAACGAGGUGGGCUCCCAUGAGUGUGGGUGUCCUGCUGGCCUCACCCUGGCGGUGGACGGACGCACUUGUCUAGAUGUGGAUGAGUGUGGAAUGAAGAAUGGCGGAUGCUCCCACCAGUGCACCAACCACGAGGGCCACUACACGUGUCUGUGCCCCGCCGGAACGGUUCUCUCCGCAGACAACCACACGUGCGAGGACGUGAACGAGUGUGCCGAGAGGAACGGAGGCUGCAGCUACAAGUGCAUCAACACGGAGGGCAGCUACGAGUGUCACUGCCGCCUGGGGAUGGAAGUGGGGCUCGACGGACACACCUGCCAGGACGUGGACGAGUGUGCCGAUGGGAAUGGAGGCUGCAGUGACCACUGCCACAACACCAGAGGCUCCUUCAGGUGUGAGUGUCCCCUCGGGUACUCCCUGGGGCUGGACGGAGCCACGUGUGAGGACAUCAAUGAGUGUGAACUGGCCAACGGAGGCUGCUCGCACGGUUGCAUCAACACUGAGGCUGUAUUCUUCCUGUGUUCUUCUUGCAGGUGUUCUGAGGGGUACAAGCUGGGGGAGGACUUGCUGACGUGUGUGGAUAUUGACGAGUGCCUUGAGUCUCCCUGUGAACACGAUUGCGUCAACAUCCCAGGCUCUUACUACUGCUCCUGCAAUACAGGGUUCAGACCGAGGCCAGACGCCGCUCACCGCUGCUGGGACGUGAACGAGUGCGAGGAGGACAACGGAGGGUGUGCACGUGACUGCUUCAACACUAUCGGCUCUUACCACUGCCGCUGCCCGCGUGGCUACGAGCUAGGAAGGGACAAGCACUCCUGCGAGGCCAACCCAGUAUUCUGUCCUGUGAUGGUGGCGCCUCUGCACGGGGAAAUGACUUGCUCUCACAACCUCAUCGGGAACGCUUAUCCUCACGGCACCACCUGCUCCUCGUCCUGCUUCCUCGGGUUCGCCCUUCACGGCAACUCCAACGCCACCUGCCUCUCCACUGGUGUCUGGUCCGCCAAUCCCGCUACGUGCCGAGCCAUGAAGUGUGCAAUGCUGGUUGACGUGGACCACGGGAGAGUGUCGCCGAAGAGGUGCACGAGUAGAACCUCCAGCGUGGGCCAGCACUGUUACCUCUCCUGCUCCCCCGGGUACAGAGUAGUGGGCAACCCUGUGAGGACCUGCCAGACUAGUGGAUUAUGGUCUCCUGAAACCACCAGCCCCUACUGCGAGAAGGAUUCCCUCAAGCCGUUCAUCCAGUGUCCCAGUGACGUGCAGGUGGAUCUGGCACCCCACAUGAGCUCCGCCUACGUGCGCCUCCCACAACCCAAGGCAAACGUGGACUGGUUCAGAUAUGCCCCAAGUGUUUCCCGAAGGAGAGAAGAUUCCCGCGACUCAGAGGACCCGAGGUACGUGGACGCCUCCCCGGACUGGGCCAAGCAGCUAGAGGCGGACCUGCCGGCGGGGAAGACCACUGUGACCUUCGUGGCGCGCUCUCCAAUGUCUGAUGAGUCCGCCGCGUGUUCCUUCAUGGUGGAGGUGCGAGACAAAGAGGACCCACAGGUGUUCGGAUGCCCCAAGUCUUUCACGGUGCUGCUGACAGAGGGGCAAGCAACGGCCGAGGUGGUGUGGAAGGAGCCGCUCUUCAAAGAUAACGUGGAAAUCUCUCACUUAUGGAAAUCGCUGGAACCCGGGCGCUACUUGACGGCAGGAACGUACCCGGUGCAUUAUGUGGCCAUGGACCCCUACAGGAACAGGGCCAAGUGCUCCUUCGUCGUCACUGUACAACCCGAGGAAGGAGGAGAAGGAGCAGGAGGCGGCAGUGGUGGUGGUGGUGGUGAGGGGGAGCAGUGCGGGAGGCCAGGGGAAGCGAUGGGCGUCUCGUGGGUGUGCAAGGAGCUGGCCUGGGGGCGGAUGUGUCGUCCCUCCUGCCUGCCUGGGUUUGUCAUGACCACCGCCCCUCCCUCUCCACUUUACAUAUGCGGCCGUCACACCGGGCUAUGGUACCCCAGCGCACACCUCCCCUCCUGCACACCCGCCGUACCACUCAAGCCAAGUGAUGGCUGUCUGCCCGGGUUUGAAUGGAGGGAAGCCCAUCCGAAUGUAUGCCUGGCGUGUUCCCCAGGGAUGUACAGUGGUGGGCAGAAACAGCGAUGUACUCCAUGCCCAGUGGGAACAUUCACGGACAAGUACGCAAGUAAUCCCGUGCGAGGGGAGACGCCCGCCAGCACUUCGCCGGAGCUGCCGCAGGGAAGGACGCUCGGGAGGAGCUUCUUCGACACCUUCUCCCUCGCGUCUCUCCGUCCGGGCUCCACUCUCGCCUUCGCCCACGCUCAGGCCCGCGGCGGUCCCAACAGCAACACACAAGCCCUCGCCCACGCCAGGGUCACCAGCUACGGCUAGACGCCCCGCUCCUGUCGCCUCUGCGUUGUUUAGUCGUCUGGAAUGAGUGUUGUGCUGUGUGUUGUGUGUUGUGAGUUUAGUGUGCGGGAUGUACUGUUUUUGUUAUGGAUUUUCAGUGUUUAAGUCUUUGGAGGAAUGCAAGAGGAAGAAUCCAUAAUAAUAUUUGUUUUUCCUUUUGUUUAUUUGAAUCGUGUAGGUUUCUAGAUUCCUCUUUCUCUUUUCUCCUUCUCCUCCUUUUCCUCCUCCUUCUAUAGCGUCAGAUACGUUGAUUGUGAUAAUACAAUGCACGGAUGUGUUUAUGUGUGUGUGUGUGUGUUCCUCUCUUUUUUUUCGUCAGAGUUUAUAUAUUCGUGUAAAUCAAGCACAGUAAAGCUUCCUAAUGCUGCAGUUCCUCCUCCCGUGACCAACAUACAUUUCACCUCUCGAGUUUGGAGGUAUUCAUGUUACAUUAGUAGUUGUGUUCACUCUGGCGGGGAACCUUCCUUCAGAGACUCCCCUUCCCAUUUGUCCGCUCCCCUACACUAGCAAAGGGAGGUCAGUGUUUGUUUUAGGAAGGCCAUACACACCUACUUCCACCCUGCUGCAGUGUUGUAGCAUUAAUGUAUCAGUAGCGUGUGGGCCACCUUAAUAGCAGAGGCACUGGUGAGGCUUGGUGAGGAGCGCGUUUGUUAAAGGUUAGGAUUGGUGAGAUAGGGUUGGUGAGGGUCAGGCUUCGGGAGUCAAGCUUGGUGAAAGUCAGUGUUGUUGAAAGUCAGUCUGGGAAAAGAUAAAAUUUUGAGUCUCUUUUUUUCGUGAGUGUCAGUCUUAGCGAGAUGAAUCAGUCAGUGUUUCAAGAAAGUCAUUUUUAGCGCCAGACGAAGAGCUACCUCUGAUGUCACCAAGCAUCUCUCUCUCUCUCUCUCUCUCUCUCUCUCUCUCUCUCUCUCUCUCUCUCUCUCUCUCUCUCUCUCUCUCAUGGCCAAUGCUUCACAACUUUAGGACACCAAGAUCAUCCUUUCCCCAGUGCAGUAUCCCCAGUCACAACCAUGAUGAAGGAAACACUCAUUACUACUACACAGAAGAUCCUGGGAUGAAACACUGCAGCAUUUCUUCAGAAGUGACCGUUCCUUGUGCUAAAAAGAACAAAGGCUUACUUAAUCUAGCCGACUUAAAAAGCAGAAGGUUUACUGUGUUUAUUUUUACCAGUUCCAGCGUCUCGUGUUGUCAUGUUGCCGCUGAUUUCAUGGACUUUUGGUGCUUCCGUGCAGUGAUUUAGGGCAUAACGAGGAAGGGCAAUUCAUAGUGUUAAGCUUUAAUUUGUCACUCCCGCGCGGGGACAGCUAUACAGUACAGUAAGUGCCGCUGUCCGCCACCAGGGCCUGACAGGGACUCUUGCCAACACGCCUUGCACGGUGUUCCAAAAUUACCUUUACUUUUUUAGAUAUGAGAUUUACUUAUUGUUUUCUUUAUUGAGAUAGUUUUUAUGUACGAUAUUUCCUCCAGUUUCUCUUCCUGUGUGAGUCAUUCUCUUCAGACACCAGAGUUAUUACUGCCAGCUGUAUCGUAAGUGUUUUUUGGGACAAUAUGAUGUUUUAUAUUCCGUUUUCUGCUUCUCUUUAUCUUUUGUUUUCCUGGACCACACACUAGAGCCAAACUUAAGAGAUAUACUUUACGAUAUUCCGUUUUAGUCAAGCUUUCUGCAGCACACUUACGCCGGGCCAGACUCAGUUGUUUGGAGUGUGGGGUGAAACAAUGGACUCUCUCGGUGUGGGGUUAGUAGUGCUUGCCUGUCUCUCAGCGCGUAAUGAAGUGGAGUGAGAGGAGCAGCGUGAGGGGGAGGUCAGUCACCCGAGUUUGUGCGUCGCGGUUACUCUUUCCCCUUCUGUUUGUUGGCGUGCCUCAUUGAUUUAUCACGCCGCUUCUCCUAACAAGACACCGCUGUCAAAACAUCAAUUAUUUCCAUCAGUUUUUUUUUUUUUUUUCUCCCGUUGCUGAGUUCCUUCCUGCGAUGUUUGGUGCUAAAAUCUUAAUGUUUGUUGACUCGCUUCUUUGAGACACAAUAGCGUUGCACUGAUAAGAGAAAAUGCUAGCAAAAUAUUUAUCAUUUCCCUCAAUAUCAUACUCGUUUUAUUCAUUCUUUGCUUAAUCCUCAUUUCUCUUUCUGAAUUCUAAUAUUUGUUGAUACAGUUCUUUGGGAUACAAUGGCGCCUUAAUGUAACAAAGGUCUUCAAAAUAUAAGUAAUUUGCUUCAACACUUCCAAUUUUCGUUCCGAGCCAAACUGUUUGCUAUAGUAAAUAUCUACUGCAACAUUUUUAUUCUUUUUUUUUUUUUUUUUUUUUGGGAUAUACGAAAACUCGAUGAUGAUUUCACGUCAGCUAAUUAUUUCCAUUUCAUUUCAAGCUUAACUUUAUUGUGGUAAUGUGAAAUUUGAAAACCGUUCUGUGGAUAUUUGAGUCGUUAAUUGGUGGGCACAGGUAGGCACUAAUUGGUGAUGCGGCACGUGAGGCACAGAGGAAUUGAUUGGUCGACUGGUUAAUAAAAAUGUGGUUUUACGUACGUCAAUUUCAUAGCGGUAUACUGAAACGCUUUUGGCCGCACCUACUUUCAAAAGCCUCUAUAAAGUUGAAGCUACACGAGUUUUACGAGUGCUUUUUUUUCCAAUUCUAGUGACAGAUUAACAAGAGUUCUACAUCAUCAACAGGAAAAAACACUCUUGAGAAGCCGGCUAAUCAUCUCUGUGGCCUUUGUAAGCAGUGGUGGGAGCAAAACCUUACAGAAUACCGGCUAUAGAUGAGAUAGUGAGGCAAGCACGCGCAAUAUUACACCACAACAAACAGCGACUAAACGUUUACCUUCCUCCAUCUAGUGUGUGCGUCAGUGGGUCACCUUAUUGCUGUGUUUUGUGGCGAGAAGGGAUGAUACCGAAAUAGCACUAGCGCUUUCAUUUGCGGUUUAGGUUAGGUUAGGUUAGGUUAGAUUAGAUAAGGUGUCGAUUAAUUCAGUGCGUUGGUUUCACUGCUGACCCCUUGCUUGUGUAGACUUGAGUUAUAUUUUGUCGUGAAAUUAAGCUAAAGUGUUUUGAGGUUGGAAGGCUAAAGUUAUUUCUAUAAUAGCCAAGUCCCUCAAUAAUCAGAAAGAUAUGCAGUCCUGAUAUUACUUCUUUAAGCAUUCUGUCUCAAUGUAAUACUGCCAGAGAUGUGAAAUACUGAGUGUCUCGUGGUGUAAGUAGUCGACGCUAUUUAUCGCCACUACUGUUACUUUAGUCAGUCGUUAAUACAGGAAACUGAGUGAUAUUUUACUUAUAAGCUCCAGGAUAACCAGAGAAGCGUUCCUAUCGACAACAGCCUUCAGUGAGUGAAACAAAAAGGUGCAUUUUUCACAUCAUAUCGAUUACCAGAACUUCAUUAUUCUUCACCCUUUAAUAAAAAUCUGUCAAUCUACAAACCCCGACCAGAAAAACAAUGUAAUUUUUAAUGUAGGCGACAAUACCCUGCAGCGUGUACUUGUAUAUACAUAGACUAUAGUAAAGGAGGUGGAAAGAACAGGUGGCGCUGGUUCCCACGUUGUAGUCUGCCCUCCUACCUGUGUUCAGUCUUCCCUUUGCCGUGGGAAUGCAGGUUCACUUGUGUGGUGUCCCUCCUCUUCAGUAAAGCCGUGUGUAUAUGUAUGUAAUAGGAUAUAUAGAUAGACCUUAAGUUAUUGUCUACUACCAUAACAUUUUGCUCCUGUAUUAUGAAAAAAUUGUUAGAUAUACUGACUACUCUAAGGUUAGUUGUAAGAAAUCCUAAUCUUGCUUGUGCCAUUAAAGGUGGAGUGUGUGCAGAUAAAAAUCGUGAAAUUAAUGUGCUUCGAAGACUUUUUUAGGUUAGUUAGUGUUUUUCUAGUUGAUCCACCUGCAACAAGACCCAAAGGUAAGGUACACGGAGGGAUGAUGUACAUUUUAUGAAAUAGAAAUAAUGAUGAUU